AAAGAUGUGUGUGUUGUCUGUGCCAAACGCUGAAAUCUAGCCUACAAAUGUCAUGUCAUGUCGAAACGAAGGAUGUAAUUGGUCCGGAUAGGAUAACAGGAUAACAAGGAAGUAACGCUAGCGCAAUAUAGCAUUUGGCUUAAUUAAUGACUUCUAAGGGAGUUAUGUGCUCAGUUGUUUCAAUGGCCCAUGUCUAGCGCAAUCCUUUCACGACACUGUGAACUUUCCUCCCGUGAGCUAAAAACUUGACAUCAUAGUGGAGUUUGUAUGAGCUGCUACAAAGCGGAUAGGAUAUAGCCUACUUUCUCCUAAAAGCUGAGUCGAAAUACCUCCAACGAAUAACUAUGCGGAAACGAUCUGACCGAGUUGGCAAAUCUACAGAUGAAAAGCCACGGGUAGUUAAUCGGGAAACAAGUCAUGAGAAAGCGCAAGAAAGGCCUAUUUAUUCUUCUUUUAGGCGGUGCAUGAAGACACUGAAGCGGUUGGUUGUGGCUUUUGGGGUCCUGUAUUUGUGCAUACCGUUUGUAGUGCGACUUUUUCCCGGAAUACUGUACCACGCAGUAUUUUCUCAUGUUGCCAGAAUUCCAUUCUUCGCUGAUCUCAGUCAACCUGCAGACCUUGGUCUCAAUCACACAUAUAACAUCUACAUGUCAUCAGAGAAGGAUAUAACUCUGGGAGUCUGGCAUACCGUUCCAGACUCCCUUUGGCAGGAAGCUCAGGGGAAGGAUCUGGGAUGGUAUGAGCAGACCUUACAAAAUGGAGCUCCAGUCCUCAUUUACCUGCAUGGAAAUGGGGGCACAAGAGGUACCAGUCACAGAGUUGGUCUUGUGAAUGCUUUGACUGCUGCGGGAUUCCAUGUUGUGUCCCUGGACUACAGAGGUUUUGGAGAUUCCUCUGGUGAACCGACUGAAGCAGGCCUGACUACUGACACCCUCUAUGUGUACCAGUGGGUAAAAACACGCAGUGGGAGCAGCCCAGUGAUGCUCUGGGGACAUUCACUGGGCACCGGAGUAGCCACUAACACUGCUUUGGAACUUCAAGACCAAGGGGUCACUGUGGAUGCAGUCAUAUUAGAGGGAGCAUUUUCGAACAUAAGGGAAGCAGGAGCCAGUCACCCAUUUGCCAGGAUUUAUCGAAAUUUCCCGUAUUUUGAAUAUUUUUUCUUAGAUGUCAUAUCAGAAAACAAAGUGGUCUUCCCCAAUGAUGAAAAUGUGAGGAAGCUAAAGACUCCACUAUUGUUUCUUCAUGCUGAAGAUGACAACAUUGUGCCAUUUCACAUGGGUCGGGAGCUGUUUGCGAUUGCACAAAAAUCACAAAAAUCAUCAAACAGUGUCAGGAUAGUUCCUUUUGAGGGUUUCUACGGAUUCAAGCAUAAUGGGCUCUACCAGGAUCCUCGACUCCCUGAAAUUAUUAAGCAAUUUGUUCAAUCACUGAACAUUUGAAGAAUGCAUCAGUAGAUCACUUGUUUCUGCUAGUCAACAGUCAUUGACAGACCAUGCACUGUUAUGUUGACAUCAUGUAAUUGAAUUGCUGAGUCAAUCCCAUUAAUUGCAUUGUUGUAUCUAUAGUUGUACAACACAAUAAAUAAAAACAAUCAGAUUUA